AUGCCAGCAGCUGCCUCGGUGUCCCUCAGGCUCCGUACUCACAAAGCCAGCGUCACAGACCCCCCGGCGUCAGGUACGAGGGCCGCAGUGGUGGUGCACUUAGACCUGCUGGGGGAGCUGCAGCAUAAACCCCAACUCCAGCGCCACCAGUGCGUGUGCACACAAGGCCCGCCGCACCGGCUCCAGUCGCAGGGGCACCAGUAA